AUGCCGUCACCAUCACCACAGCCACGACGGGCAGGUGUGGACGGGUUUUGGACGCCGCGCCACGGGGCGUCUGGCGGGAGCUUCAGCGCGUACCGGUCGUCGACGCGAUCGUACCUCGGACGGCUGCCGCUGUUCACGCGGGCGAUCGUGGCGCUGAUUGUGGUCGUGUACCUAGCGGGCCUGCAGACGGUCUGGGAUGUGCGCAGUUGGGGCGCGCUGAUUCCCGACAAGACCGGCAUCACGACCCUCUACCGUACCAACACGUUCCCCUUUGUGCACCUGGGGUUUUUCCAUAUGCUGUUCAACGUGGUGGCGCUGACGCCACUGCUGGAGCGGUUUGAGGGCGAGCAUGGCACGCUGACGUCGGUGGCGCUCUUCUUUGGCCCCCUGUCUACGCUGCCGGCGGUUCUGUACGUCAUCAUUGAGCGGGUGCUGCACCUGAACACGACAAUUAUGGGGUCGAGCAUCUGGGUGUUUUUGCUUCUCGGCGUUGAGGCGGUGCGCAUGUGCCGGACGCACCCGUCGUUUGCGGUGGGCACGGUGCACGUGCCGACGUGGACGACGCCGCUGGCACUCGUGUUCGUCACGUCAGCGCUGGUGCCGCACGCCAGCCUGCUGGGCCACCUCUGCGGGCUCGCGGUCGGCUACCUCUGCGGGCUGGGCUACCUCAAGUUCCUGGCGCCGCCCGAGUCGGUGCUGCGCUGGAUCGAGGGCCGGCUCAAUCUGCUAGGCCGGCUGCCGCGCUACGUCAGCGUCGACCAGAAGACGUACGGCCGAUUCGGCGUGCUGCCGACGACGUCGUCGGGGCCAAGCGGCGCAGGGCCGGCGAUUGGGCUUGUUGGGUCGACGCAACGACUCGCCGUUCUGGCGCAGGUGCGAGGCGACGGGCGGAUGCUCAAGGUGCCGCCGUACCUUGCGCUGCUGUGUGUAGUGGUGGGGGUGGUUUCGCUGCUGGUGCUGCCGCUAGAUGGACAAUCGCGACGGACGUACAUCUCGGAGAACGCGCUGCUGCCGGGCCAGGUGCACACGUAUUUUGGGGGGAGCGACCAGCACGUGCUGCGAGCGUAUCAAGCAGAGGUAGAGGGGCUGGUGCAGGCGAACGGGACGAACGCGGAGGUGAACUCGCGGCUGGAGGGGCUGCUGGGGGGGAUGGGGCUGCGGACGGGGCGUCAGGGGUACAGGUACGGGGGAAACGGGAUGCCGGGGACAUCGGCCACGGGCGAGAACCUGUACGCGAUCCUGGAGGCGCCACGAGGCGACGCGACGGAGGCGCUGGUGCUGGUGGCAGCAUGGCGGAGUGCCGAGGGCGAGGCGAACGUGCAGGGCGUGGCGCUGGCGUUGGCGCUGGCACGGUACUUCCGGCGAUGGUCGCUCUGGAGCAAGGACCUGAUCUUUCUGUUUCCGCCCGACAGCCUGGCAGGCCCGCAAGCGUGGGUGGACGCGUAUCACGACGCGCACGACGGACGGCAGGUGAGCGCGCUGCCGCGCAAGUCGGGCGCGCUGCAGGGGGCCGUGGCGCUGGACUACACGCGGGCGGGCAUGAACGGCGGGCAGGAUCUGCCGGCCGGUCCGGAUGGCCGGCCGGCCAGCCGCUACAGCGACACGCGGUUUUCGGCCGUGCACGUGGUCUACGACGGGGUCAACGGCCAGCUGCCCAACCUCGACCUCAUCAAUACGGUCGUCGCCAUCGCCGGCGGCCAGAUGGGCACGGCCGUGUCGCUGCAGCACGUCUGGCACCACGCCGACAGUCCGGCCGACCGGCUGCGCACAAUGCUCCGUGGAAUGCUGCGGCAGGGCGUCGGGGCUGCCACCGGACCGCACAGCGCGUUCAUGGCCUACCACGUCGACGCCGUCACGCUGCAGCCGUACGUGGCGACGGUGCGCACUCCCGCCGGCGACAUCCUCGUCGAUGGCUGGCUUCAGGACGCCAUGGCCAUGGGCCGCAUCCUCGAGGCCACCUUUCGCAGCCUCAACAACCUGCUCGAACACCUCCACCAGAGCUUCUUCUUCUAUCUGCUGCUCGGCCGGGAACGCUUUGUCAGCAUCGGUACCUACCUGCCCAGUGCCAUGCUCGUGGCCGCCAACUUUACCAUCAUGGCCAUCGGGUUGUGGCUCAAGAGUGGCCGGGAGGCCGGGGAGGAAAAGCUGCAAAAAGGCGACGACCGGGACCUCAAACACAACGACCACCAGCUCGAAACCCCGCCGGCUGAACGCGAUCUCUACCUUCCCCUCGGCUUCGUCGCCGUCUGCCAGUCCCUCGGCAUCGUCCCGCUCUACGUCUUCAACCAUCUGCCGACCUGGCUCCUCACCCCCGGCUUCGUCGCCUUCGCCAUCGCAAAUGCCCUGCUGCCACACGUCGUCGCCCGCGUCCUCAACGCUUCCUACCGGCCCUCCACCCAGCAGUUCCGCCUCAUCAAGUCCUUCUCGUUGCUGCUGCUCGGCAUGUUCCUCUCCUCGCUCGCCACCCUCAACUUUUCGCUCGCCUUCCUCGUCGGCCUGCUCGCCAGCCCUCUAUCGCUCAUGGCUCCUGCCCCUCGUCGUACCGUUGUCCGCUGGGCCGCCACCCUGCUGCUCAACCUCGUCGCUCCGCCCGCCGUCUUCGCCCUCGCCUGUGCCGCCUCUCACCUCCCGCUCGUCGACGCCCUGCGCACCGCCGCCUUUGGUUGGCACGUCUGGGGCAUGUACACCGCCGUCGUCGUUUGGUGCGUCUGGUGGCCCGCUUGGCUAGUCGGCUCCGUCCUCGUGUUGGGACAGCCAAGGGAAUAG